AUGUCCGAGUCUUCCUCGGCAACUUCGCCCCCUGUAUCCACUCCUCCAGCCACAGCAGCUGCAGACGAAACCCUGGGAGAUGGGCAUGGUGACAUCCCGUGGCCAGGUAACACUUUCCACAUCAUCGAGAAAACCACCUGCCGGGCAAUCACCAUUGUGGACGACAAGCCGGUGCUCUUGGAUCUCAAGGGCGACCGCCACCCAAGCACACUAUGGCAUUGCGUCGAGAGGAACGGGUACUUUGGCUUUCAGAAUCCGAGAUCGGGACGAUACAUCGGCCACGAUAGCGACACCAACAUCCGCACCAGGCUUGAGAUGCGUGGAUGGGAGUUGUGGACGCCGCGGCAGCACCCUGAAGGGGGCUACCAACUCCUAUCGCCGCUGUGGUCGGAAACGUUGAUGGUGCUAUGCGUUGCAGAGGACGGAAUCGGUCUGGCUAGACGAAGCCAUAGCACAACUCUGUGGGAGUUCAUCCGGGUGUGA